AGGCGGCAUCUAACUCGGGACAUAGAAAAUAAAUUAAUACACACAUUGUAGUUUCACCUAACAGACAUAGGCGAGACCUUGUUUGGCGACAUUUUUGUAUUGUACCGCGGUGGCAGUUAAUAUUUCCUUUUUUUUGUCGUCCUUAUGUCCCACGAUUUACUUCCCUAUGUCGUAUUUUUUCCCGCCCCCACCUGUGCCCCCCUACGCAGCAGCAGCUGCUAUGGCAGCAGCCGCGCAUGAACAGCACCAACAAUCAAUUCUAGCUUCCACUCAUUUCUGGAAUAAGUCUAAAGAUAGUAGUACAGGAGCAACCAUUUCUAGCGAGACUUUAACUUCGGGUAGUUCUUCGCAAUUUCAUUCCGCACUAAAAGGGAACCCUUUUAACUUCCCAUACAACAAGAAUAGUAAUCCGCUCUCCCCAUGGACAACAACAGCCUCUCCGCACAAAGGCAAAGGCAAACAGAAAUCGUUUCCAGGUUCGGGAAAAAAGUCUUCUAAAGAGGCGAGCUGUAAUAUUGUUGAACAUCCAUUCGACAAAAACAACUUUGGCUCCAGCUCUUACAACAAUUUCGAUUUCCCGCCGCCUCCUUUCGGAGGCACGUUAUCAUCUAGCGCCGGCGCAGCACGACAAGAGCUGCAGCAACACCAGUCCUAUAAUCAGUAUAAUCACGAAAGGAGCCUACAAUUUGUCAAUAGUACCCAGCAGCUCUCUUCUUUCGACUCAGUUCGUAGUAGUGGGAGAAGUAGUAAAAGAAGCGCCGGCGCUGCACCCUCCGAAGUGGAGUUGGAUAACAAGGGUUUACUACACGGGCGGAACUACCCGGGAACAAACAAGCGGAAAAACAAAAUCAAAAAUAAAGAGAAGCGAACGGGGAAAAUAAAUAAGACUUCAAGCAUUUUUCCGACGCUGGAGUCUACCUUUCUCGGACCACACGGAGGGAAGCAGCAGGAGCAGUUUGGUGGUGGAAAAGGAAAUAGUAAAGGAAGUCACAGUACAGCAAAUCCACUUUUGCCAGGAAAUAUUAUUAACAUAGACGCCAGCAUCAAUACUAGUAGCACCUACAACUUCGACGGCUGUGCACAGCACAGUGCUGCAGCUGCUGCUGCACUACAGCACAGUACAGCAAGCAGACCUGGUGGGCAUCUUCAGCCGGCGCAUACGUCGUCGAUCGUGGCGGCUGGUGUACAACUUCCGGAUAGGUCUUCGGUGACGAACGUGAAUCCGUAUCAAAACAUAGCCAUUAGUGGAACAAGACCAGCAACGACAUCAGCGCUUGUUCAAGAUAUUAGCGGCGGACCACCAGGUCAUCUAGAAGGAGAUUUUGCAGCUGGUGCGUCACAGCAGGACCACAAUAUUUUUACCACCGAUACUGAGUAUAAUAUUGAAAAUUGUGGUAACAACAUCAACGAUAUCACGACGCCUCUGCACAACUCCGACGACGAAAAUCAAAAUCUCGAGGAAUUAUACCAAGACGAGCAGGAGCUGCACCGAAGUACUUCUAGCAGCCACGAAGGAGUAGAAGUAGACCACAAGGAGGACGACGUCGUGGUCAUCGAGGAGACAUCAAAUAACUUGUGCGAGGACGAGGAAGAGGACUACGAGUACCACCACCAUCACCAUCAGGAAGAAGAAGAGCUGAAAAUAUUAAACUAUAGUGCGAACAACAUCAAAAUCGAGAACAACACCAGCGCGACCCGGAGAAGAACCACCGCCGGCACGUCUGCUUCCCAGCUGCGAGCAGACGACCAGGAUACUAUAUUUAACUACGACCAGGAAGUGGAAGAACAUCAAAGCGGAGAAGAAAACGCACCCAUCCUGGGGGAAAACUUGAUCCCCCAGUUCCGCGAUCGAAUCUCCUCCUCUUCGUCCGUUGAGGAAAAGACCAUCGUUUUCCCUAGCCCCUUCAGUCCCGCGCUGCCACCGGAAGCUUUGUGGAAUCAUCUCGACACCAGGAUGGCCGACCCCACGGACCACUUCCCCGCGCGGGCCUUCCGCUGCGUCAUAUGAGAGUGCACAACACUCCUUCCCCCUUAUUUGUAUGGCAUGAACAGCAACACAAGUGCUGGCAGAGAUGCAGGCUCUGCAUGAGAAAUUCACCACUGACUCUAGCGCUGUUUCGGCUUCGGGAGCCUGUCAUGCAAGCAGUGCCAAAAUGCAAUGGGUGGACUUGGCAUUUUGCAUGACAAAUAAGGAGGAGGGGGAGUUGUGCACUCUCAUACGUCAUCGAGUUUUUUGAGAAGGUGUGGGACGCAGACAAGGAAAAAGAGGGCGAGUGCGAGUUUUCGGUUGCGGUUGACAUGAUUAACAAGUACAUUUUGACGGAGUGCGUCGACCUGCCAUCCGAGUGGCAACUGCAGAUCGAGAAGGUGCUGACGCUGCUGUUGCUUUCCCUGGACGUUUUGGACACGUUUCUGUUUGAGCGCAUGGACGAGCAGGAACGCGGGCCGCCGGAGCUAUCAACUGCAAAAGUGUCUGGGUCUGGAAGAGUGUAAACUUGUCAUGCAGAUUCGCCAUGACAGCUGAGGUCUGGAAUGCGGGACCUAGCAUGACAGACUCUGUGAGGUCUCUGCCAUGCCUAUCUUGCAUGAGAAACUUCCUCCCAACUUGGUCAAAAGUGGACAGCUUUUGGCAGUCAUGCAACACAGAUUUUUACAUGCUUCAGAUUUACCAUGACAAGAAGUUGCCACCUUCCAGACCCAGACAUUUUUACACUUGAUAGGAGCUCACCCCCGUACGACUCGCGAUGCUCAGGUAGAUUUGGACGUUUUUGCAUAUCCUGAGUAAAAACGUACCCACACCAGAGUCAGGAUGGGGAUUUUGCAACACAAACCUAGGAGUUUUGUGAGUCACGCAUGACAAGUUGCACUCUGCAGUGUAGUGCAGGUUAGCAAGUGCAGCCGCGUCACAGAUUCAUCUGCUCAUCCUGUUCACAGCAUCACAAAUUCCAAAACGCGAUUGGAAAUGGUCCUCAUGCGGAUGCACAUUACAAGUCUUCCUGUCUUUGCAAAUCCGCAUGACAACUCUGGUGUGGAUUUUUGUUGUGAAAAAAUUCUGUUCAUCUUCCAGGUCGGACCAUAUGAUCUUUUCUAAAACUGGUAACGCUAACGCAUGAUAGUGCUGCGAUUGUUCUUCACUGGUGAUUAAGAUGAAGUCAGAAUUCUACUGGUUGUCUACUUGUAUUACGAGAAGGUGAUAAUGACAUAGAUGAUAACUGCCAACAGGUUUGCUGCGUUUUGGGUUGCCGCCGAGGAAAAAGGCGACGGGCAAGCGCACAUCCGCGCUGCGCAGACGAUUUGCAAGAUUGCCGCCCUGUUUUUCGAUGAGGACGUGGAUUUCGUGAAGACCGUAACGGCCCGGUUUCAGCCGGGAGCGUUCGCCGAGUUCCAGCGCCGCCACGAGAUGCAGAACUUGCCCCCGUUACUGCCCCCCCUCUCCACGAACGCCCCAGCCAAUAACACGCCCGGCGGACAGCAGGGCGGGCAACAUCAACCCCCCACGCCCGCGGGCGCGCAGACGAUGGCGCACGCGCAACAGCAGCUGCAGCAGGUGGGUGCAGCAGCAGUUUCGAUGCAGCUCCAACAACAACAGCAGCAGCAGAAUAUGGAUAAGGACCGGUCCCCCGUCACGCCCGGCACCACGACGAACGUGGCUGCGGGGAACAUGAUCGUUCCCCCUGGGAUGACACCCGGAGGCACGAUGAACAGCAAGGGCGGACUCCCGGGUAACGCCGGCGCGAAGUUUCUGAUGCCGAUGCAGCCGGGGAUGCCGAUGCCACCGCAGGUGGUGGGUGGGUUCACGCCCACGGGCCCGCAAAGUGGGAAGAACUUGUUGCACUUUCCCGGACAGCAGCACCCGCCGGGGGUUGGCGCUCCCGGAGGACCUCCUGGAGGUUUCCCGCAGUACGGGCAGUUGCCGCCCCCCUACGGCACGCCGAACGCCGGAACGGGACCUCCCGGGUUUCCCCACCCGGGCACGCCGGGCGGAUUCCCGGGCAACCCGGGGGGCCCCACGCCGCCAGGCGGAUUGCCACCGCAGCUGCAGGUACAGCCACCACCCGGGACAAAGGGGCCCGCGCUGAAGCCCGGUGCUAUGCCGCCCAUGUUCCCGCCGGGGCUGGUGCCGCCCCCCGGAGUGCCGAUGCCGGCCAACUACAGUCCGUUCAAGGGGAAUCACUUGCAGCUGAUGCAGCUGCAAAGCCCGCGGGGCGCCGGAACCAUGCCGCCGGUAUCUGGGCCGGGGGGACCACAGCAACCACAACUUCCUCCAGGGGUUUUAGUACAACAACCUCCUCCAGGAGGACCCGGUGGACCACCGCAGCUUUUACCCAUCGGAGCGGCAGGAGUUGCACUGGACCCCGCAGCUGCACAACAGAUGGCCACCACGACAUCCUCCCCGAAUGCAGGUGGAGCACCCGCAGCUUCGGCUGCACCAGAUUCGCUGCCGUUGCCUGUCACUGAAAACAACGAGGAUGAGAUGGACGUUGACGAUGAUGACAAAAUGGGCGUCGAUAGUAUUAUUGCGAAUAAAAAGUCUUCGUCAAAACGGCGGUCGAGCAAGCGCUCGUCCAAGCGGGACCGCAGCAAAAGCAGUUCUUCCUCCGAGCUGUCCGAUGAAGCUUCCGGUGCCGCGCGGAAGAAGAAUAUUAAACAGCGCCGUGGGUCGUCCUCAUCGGCUAGUAAGAACAAUUCCAGUGAUAAUAACGAGGAGGAAAACGUCGAAAAUGAAGAUAAAAAGAGCGGCAAAAAAUCAACAAACAUUGAAACCAGAAGUCGGCGCAGAAGGAGCAAAGAGAAAAAGACGACUCGAAAAAGCAAGAGCAGUAAACGAAGCAAGAGUAAAAACACCUCCCGAAGCGGGUCGAAUAAAUCGAAGAGCAGCAACAGGUCGAAAAGCAGCAAAAGUAACAGCAGCAAGAGCGCCAGAGACCGCUCCAAGUCAUCGAGUAGGAGCUCGCGAAGUCGAAGAUCCAGCUCGCGCGGCUCUUCUAAGUCCUCGCGGUCCAAGUCUAAAAAUUCCGACCGCUCUUCUGACAGCGAUGAGGAGUCCAGUGAGGUGCAGGGACCGCUGUUGGAAACCCCGCUGGAACUGAAGCAAAUGGCCAGCACGUUGCAUUCCGGAACGAGCGCGGACGGGUUGCAGAGUGCUGGGCAGGGUGCCGGCGACCGAAACAACACCACGGAUCAUCCGUUGGAUGAAAACCUUUCCAAAUCUUUGCAAAAAGCGAAGAACAAGCAGAAGCAGAAGAAGGACAUGCUGACGGGGAUUAAGCAAUUAAACGUUUCCAACACGUUGUCCGACCUGCGGGACCGCCGGGCGGAGGAGCAGGUUCGCAUCGUGAAGACCUACGCCAGUGAAGGCUGCCAGACCGAGCAGGCGCCGGACUUGUAUGAUCGGAAGAACCUCGUGAAGAUCAUGACGGCCCGCGCGGACCGGUUCGUGUCGUCCCGGACAAAAGAGGAAAUUGACGCCGACGAGGAAAAAGGAGUCUCUAUCCCAAGUAAAAACGUCCCGACCCCAUAGUUGUAAUGCAAAUCUGCACGCUGGAAAUGCAAAUGUUUCUCAUGCGGAGCCCCAUGAGAGGCGUUUUCUACCCUAGUGCUGAUUUGAGAUUUGUCAUGCUCGAAUCAGAAUGACAAACUGGAUCUGUGAUGCUGCUGUACGAGCUAAACACGACUAAAUUGCGAGCCCAAAUUUGUCAUGCGCAACAGCCAAAGCUUAGGGAUUUGUGUAGCAGAUUUCCCAUCUUGACUCCGGGGUGCUAGGGACGUUUUUACACAGGAUAGUCUCUCACUGUCCCGACAUUAUGCCCGACUUCUCGUUUGAUCAAGCCUCAUCUCAGCCGGAGGUGACAAACAAAGCGAGCGGACUCUCCACGAUCAUGGAGGAGUGAUUAGAGUAUGUUGAUCUUUGGUGGGAGCAAAAUGAUUAAAUUACGACUGCUGGGCAUACUACUAAAAGUACUUCUGAUUGUCCUGGCAAAUACUAAACGACUGAUGUGAGCAGGAGGUAUCCCCUCUGAAUCAAUUUGAUGAAAAGGAAAAAUCGAGGGCGAAGGCAAGCGCUUUGGUGAAGUUCUUUUUGCAGGCUGGUAGUAUUCGACAGUAAUACUAAUAUUGCUGGGAAAAAAUGCUGCUUUCGUUACAAAUCGCAAGAUGAUGGAUGAAGAAGGCAAAGAGCCCUUUUCACCGUUUCGUAUGCUACAGAUUUCAGUUGUGUCACUCAAACGAACGACGGCACAGUGAGAAACGUACACUGCAAAAAUGUUGCUGAAUUCUUGCAAUCAACAGAACAUCAAGGGUCUUCUCUAUAAUGCGUCUGCAUUUUUUGGUGGGAUUUUGAAAAAACGAGUCGCUCGCGGGGGCCCUCGUGUGCAACUGGAGGCCAUGGC